UACCUGCCAUCACCUCCUUCCUCCUCUUCGCUCCCGCUGCUCCUCAAUCCAUCUUACGUCUUCAUCUACAGCUCCAACCAUCUCCCAUCUACGAAGCUGCGACGACCACUUCUUAGCGCUUGCAUACGUCACCCGUUCGACCUGACUCAAUCUUUCAAUUCGCAAAUCAAGUAACGAAUCUCUAGCAUAGAUCCCGAGUCAACUUUGCCAUACAUAGCGACAUUUCUAGCCGACCCUACGGCAAGCAGAAUUGAUCCGCUGCUACAAGGGACAUUGGCGCCGACCUUCGCUCUCCCUUGGCCUGCCGUCGCCAUUACGAUCACGACCAUUCAAUUUGACGUUUGACGACUCACGACUCACCUUACAGUAUCACUUCAAAAUAGACGGCUAGCCUACACCAUCACCUACGCGACCGAUUACCUGUGCAUUCACCUCACAGACUCUAUCGAUAUGAGCAACAACGAUCACAUCCAGUCUCCUCUGGACUAUCACUUUGGGUCUAUGAGCCUCAAUCAGCCGUCCGCCUCAAAUGGAAACGCCUUCGGGCCCAUGGCAGGCUCGGGCAUGGGAGGAAACCCGCAAAGCGCAUCUGCUCGAUUUGAGAGGUUCUUCAACACGGGUCCACCAAUGGGUGAUACAUAUGGGUCUUCCAGCUUCCAGAGUGGUCUUCCGCCUCACCGUGGAGGGUCGCCCUCCCCAUAUGGAAACAUUGGAGGAGCGGUACCUAGCAACGUGGCGCUUGGAGGCCUUUCUGGCGGACCUUUUGCUGCUGGACCGUCGAGCGGCCCGAGUGGGUUCAGAGCGAGACCGCCAAUGUCAGGCCCUGGCCCUGAGUCGUCUCGCGGGCCGGUGCCAUCUCAAUGGAACGCCGAGCCAAAUCUUGGUAGCGGGGCGCUUGGUCUCAAUGCCGCAUCGUCUCCUAUCUCGCCUAACGGUAUACUGCCACCUAUGAAUGGCUUCUAUGCACCUCAAGCUUUCCAAGGGACACCGCCUGUUUAUCCCAAUCAGCAACAGAUAGUCCCCCCGGGUCUUGAUCUGAACGACGAGGAUGUCAUUCCGACUGCCAUCGUUGUGAAGAACAUUCCUUUCAGUGUGAAGAGGGAGCAGCUCUUACAGAUCAUCGAGGAUCUAGCCAUUCCCAUGCCCUACGCCUUUAACUACCACUAUGACCAAGGCAUCUUCAGAGGCCUCGCCUUUGCUAACUUCCGCUCAGCGGAAGAAGCCGACGCCGUCGUAGCUGCGCUGAAUGGCUUCGAUGUGGCCGGCCGCAAGCUUCGGGUGGAGUACAAGAAGGUCCUCCAAGCUGGGGAGAAGGAGAGGAUCGAGAAGGAAAAGGCUAUCAAGCGCAUGAGAAGCAUGGUCAUGGAGAAGGAGAGGAUGAAGAGGGAAAGUGGUUAUGGAUCGGGAUCCUUUGGCGCGGGGGAUAUGCUGCCUCCCCCAUUGCCAGGACAAGGCGCUCAUAGUGCGCCUGGCUCCGACCGCUCCAACAUUGGACCUGGUCCUGGCCCACCCAAGCAGCAAGGCCACGAAGAACUUAACCUCAAUGACGCGCAGACCCUCGAAAUCUACUCUCGCGUACUCCUGUUCAAGGAUGAUCGAAUGAGAGAUGAACUGGCCUUCUCGAGAAACCUCAGCCCCGUCGAGAGGCGGACAGUGCAUCUGGUGGCCCAAAAGUUGAAUCUGUACCACUACUCUCUCGGCGAUGGUGAUGAACGCCACGUCAUUGUUGCCAAGCAUGAGGUCAAUACGAAGGGAGGCCAGCAUCGCCCACUCCGCUCGCAAGCAUCCACCAUCGGCCGGUCAAACCGUGAGGCUGGCCACACUGGUGGUUUUGGCAUGGGAGGCAGCGGCUCGAACUCACGCAGCGGCUUGAGGGGCAAGAAGAGCGCGCCUGACAUGAAGCGCAACAGAGAUAGCAUCAACGCGGGCCUGGGUGGACAAGGAGGCAACCUCAACGGUUCUGCCUUUAACUUUGCAGGUGGUUCUGGGAGCGGUCAGGGGUACGACUCUGUCAACGGUUCGAUGUCAGGCAGCUUCAUGGGCCGCAAGAGCAAUGGGAAUCUCCGAGACAGCUACUCUUCCUCUGCUCUAGGUGGUCCAGGCCAGCGACGAUCGCACCAGGGCGGAGGAGGCGUGGGUGGUGCUGCAGGCCUUCAAUCGCUCUUUGCGUCACAAUUCGAGGUGCCACCGGUGCCCUCACUGGGAGCAGCCUACCUGGGAUCUGCGCCGCCUCUCUCAGCGACUAUGAGCAAUCACUCGGGCAGCAGCGAUGCAAACUUCCUCGUCAGGUCUGAUUCGCCCCUCUCUGCCUCUUCUGCAGCAGGCUACUCGAAUCAGCAACAGCAGCAGAGUGGCUAUCACCACCACACCCUCAACGGUGCAGCUUCCUCGGGAGCUUUGCGCCAACCUCGAGGGCCUCCCACUUUUAGCGGGCAAGGCCCCGUGGCUUCCAAUGACAUUCGCAACUUUGGCCCCCGGUCAAGAUUGUCGGCGCAGUCCAUUACCACCGGCUCGGGCUCAUCUUCAGCUUCUUCGCAUGGUGGUCACUCCUCCUCUCUCAACUUCGGGUACGACUCUUCAAGCAAUGAGCAGCAGUAAGAACAGCAGUCGAGCCACAAAGACCAGGAGAAGCCUCUAGGAUGGGCGGAACUGGACAAACCACCCAAUCAUGCAUGCUCCGUAUACCUCAACAUCCGCAUUUUCCUCUACCGUCCUCCAUCAACUCUCGUCAUGCUCCAUCUCUGUACACCUUCUGUACGGAAGAACCCUGCCAUGCCAACCUAACGCCCCUGCUCCUUCUUUCCACUCUUCUUUGCAUUCGCAUCAUGUACCCUCUCAUCAUUCUCGCCCCGUCGUUGCCUCCUUCAUCACUUUCAUUGCUUCAUACUCAAUCUUGCGCACUCGUACUUCAUUCUUCCCCCUUAUGCCCCCCCUCCACCCCAACCAUGCUUUAUGCCACAUGCCAAAGAGUUCAAUGCAAUACUUAACG